AAAAUCUUCAUCGGUGGAUUACCUACAGAGACCACUGAUUUUGAUCUCAAAAAUUAUUUCGUGAGAUUUGGUGUCCUGGCCGAUGUUGUAGUGAUGAAAGAUAAGCUCACUGGGAAUGGAAGAGGUUUCGGGUUUGUGACUUUUGAAGAUCCUGAAGUUGCAGAAAAAGUUGUAGCAGCAAGGCACACUAUCAGGGGCAGAUCGGUUGAAGCCAAACUUGCCAUCCCUCGUGGUGAGGCUCCUGGACCUCGAUCCGAUCCAAGCGAUCGAGUAACAAAGAUUUUUGUUGGAGGCUUGGCAAGCACUGUCUCCGAAGCCGAUUUCAAGAAUUACUUCUCAAGAUGGGGCAAAAUCAUGGAUGCUCAGAUCAUGGUCGAUCACAAUACGAAGAGGAGUCGUGGAUUCGGCUUCAUCACCUUUGAGUCGUACAAAUCUGUAGAGGAUGUGAUUCGCAUUCGUAAUCAUGAGAUUAAGGUAUUCAUGUUUCUUUUCUGA